AUGGACGCCAAGUUCGGAGCCUUCGACGAGAUCGAAGUCGCCUACAAGACUGUUUCGGGCACGCCUCUAGAGACAAGUAUCCUCAUACCAAAGAAAGCUCAGAACAGAGAGUGUCCCGUUUUGGUUCAUUUUCAUGGUGGUGGGCUGAUGGUUGGCGAUAAACUAUUUGCUCCUUGGUUUCCUUUGUGGAUUAUCCAACUUGCGGAAACUCACGGAGCUAUAAUAGUUACUCCAAAUUAUCGACUGAUCCCAGAGUCCAAGGGUAUCGAUAUUCUUGAUGAUGUGAAAGAUUUCUGGGCCUGGCUUCAUUCCUCGUUACCUACUGAGGUGGGAAGAGCUCGUAAAGGCCUAUCUCCACAGCUUUCUAAGGUCGCCGUCGCCGGCGAAAGUGCUGGUGGCUACUUAUCAUUGCAAUCCGCAUUUCUUUUCCCAGAGGCUCGAAUCAGUGUCGUUUUGGCCCAAUACGCAACGCUCGAUAUUGAUAGUCCGUUCUACAACCCACCACCCCUUUCGCCUCCCUCAGGCCACUCUAUUGUCAGCGAUUAUUUGGCAAAGCUUAAACCUAGUUCGAUCAGAGUGUCUUCCCCUAUGCCGGACCGAUGGGAUCUUUGUGAGGCUAUCCUUGCAGAGGGCAGACAUCGUGAGUUCAUAGGAAAUGAAGACAAGGUUCGCCUGAUGAGUACUCUUAAACAAGCUCAUAACCCACCAGCCAUCUGGCUUGCUCAGGGCACUAAUGAUCCAAUCAUGCCGAUGGCGACUGCCGCAAACUUUGUGGAACAGAUGAAGAAAACCCAUCCAAGCACGCCGUUCCACUUCUCUGUUCAGCCUGGCUCACAUGGGUUUGAUGGCAUGAGCACAUUGGAUGAAGAAUGGGUAAAGGAAGGUCGCAAAUUUGUUGAAAGAUAUUGGCCACCGAGUGAUCAAAAGGAGUUUAUGCACUCUUCGUGAGCGGAGAAGUAUGAUUGGUGGCUAGGGAUGGUCCUUCUGCCAACACGUCUUUUCACUUCAGAUACAAAAAUACAAAGAUACAACGUGGGUGGAUGUAGGGAACUCAAGAUUUUGUCAAUUGCAG